AUGACCUCGAAGAACACCGUCCCGCCGCUGUUCAGCGAGAUGUUGGACGUGCCCGCGGGAGCGGCGCCCAUGCUUGCCAACACGUUCGCCGCCGGUGUGACGCCGUCGUACCCGGGCACGCCCGCGUUCCCCACUGCCUAUUCCGCCCAAGUCAAGGAGCGGAUGAAGGAGCUCAAUGGGUUGGACAUCCCCGACCUUGACCCGACCCUCAGCGGUGCGACACGCAAGGAGCACCCGGCGGCGUCCUUGGACGUGGGGCGCACGGCUGAUAGACACACUGGGUAUAACGGCCUCUCUGUACAUACCCAGUGGGGGCUGAAAGGUGCAGGUGACGUGGGUGAGACGUGGGCGACACAGAUCACGCAGGCGAGAAGACGGAUAAAGUGGGCGGCCGUCGUGAAGCCGGACGAGACGGUCAACAUGUGCGAGGGCGAUGCAGGCGACGAUGAGGCGGCGGGGUCAGCACCGUCAGACCGGGGCAGGCAGUUGUGGAGGCGGGCUGGCGGGAGUGGUCCGCGAGCCGCAGCACUGGGAGCUCAUGACUUCAGAUCAAACACUGAGGAUCGGGACGGUUACGACUUACUUAGCAGACUGAGAGGAAGUGGGCGCGGAGGCAGCCAGCCAGCGCGACCAGAUGUGCGGGUGUUCGCCGCGUGGCAGUCCGAUUUGUCGAACGCCCACGCGGUCGCUGAGCGAUGUGUGGCUCGCCUUGCAGCACGCCCACCGCGCAAGGGCGUCUUCGUCCUGCUGCGCGUUGCUCCCGAUGCACGAGGACCUGUAUGGCCCCGGCAGGAGAGCGCGUGGAGGACGGGGCAGGGCAGAGCGAGCAAAGGCGAUGCUGGGGUGACGCGGACGGUCGGGGCAAAGGGUGCUAUGUGCGGGAUGGGUGGUUGA